AUGUGCGGCUCUCUUCCAUUGGUACACCGUGACGAUGAUAUUGAACGCGCUGAGCCCUUUCCAGACUAUAUUUGUAGCGAUGGGCCAGAAGAAGGAUGUGGAGGCGAAAACAACGACAAUGAGGGGAUCUGGAGAAAUGUCCAGAACCUUAGACCACUGUUCGCCCGCGAUAACCGAGUGGUCCCGCUGAACCGUCCGAUCCCUUACCGCGAUGUCGAGUGGUCAAGCACACCCGUGGCCAGCAUCGUUCCAUACCGAUAUCACGAUCCAACCCCUCCGAUCAUGACCAAAGGUUGUUAUACAUGCCGUCGCCGUCGCAUUAUAUGCGAUAAUGGCCAGCCUACCUGUCGGAAAUGCCGAGACGCGGGGAAAGAAUGUCUGGGUUACCAAAAGCCUUUGGUGUGGGUCAAGGGUGGUGUGGCUAGUCGGGGCAAAAUGAUGGGUCGGAGCUUUGAAGAUGUGAAGACGCCAACAGGGGCUUCCAAAAGUCGGCAUAUACCAGUUGCAAAUGAAUUGAACGCCAACUUGGGAUUAUGUCCUACCGAACCAUUCGAUACAGAAUCGUCACCAAGCUCGGCGGCCCAGGCCAGCCCUGAAACAGAUUGGAUUCAAGAGGUAUUAGAUGCAGGGAAUUUCGAUGCUAUUUUUGGACUUCCUGAAGUGGGCUCCUUGGAGUUGAAUCCGCCAGAAGAACCUGAAUCUGCGGUGGUGCAUGUUUCGCAGAACACAUCUAUCGAAUAUAUCCCAGCACCAUGGGGGAUGGUUGAUCCUUUAUUAAAGGAUUUCAACCCGACGUCAAGAAUGUAUCUUAAGCAUUAUUAUGAAUACAUGACGAAUGACUUUUUAGUCUAUCCACAGCUUAAGAACCCCUGGCGGGAUAUGCUCGCAUUAGUAGGACACUCGCCCCUUAUGGCAAAUGUCUUGUCUGCGAUGGGAGCCCUACAUUACUCGCUUGUUUCCAACUCAGACUCAUCGAUGAUGCCUUGGUCAUCUCAAAAUCCCCUGGCCACCAACUCUCUCCUAUCAUCAGAAGAUAUCGAGAACAUGAUAAUCCCAACAAGCUCUCGACAAACAACUUCAAAGGCAUACCACCAUUUCCUGGAAUUUAAGCAACGCACGCUUAAACAGUUGACCAGAGACCUUUCGAAUCCAGCCAGGCAAAAUGCUGAUAUUACUCUAGCGGCUGUCGUCGUCCUUGCUCUUCUGGAUCUAUUCGAGUCUGGUAGCGGAGCAUGGAGCUAUCAUAUUGAAGGAGCAAAGAAAAUCAUGAGGAGCAGACCCGAGAGCCAGUUUGGUCAAGGCAUUCUCCAAGGACUCGAAACAGUCGCCAUAGAUGGGUGCUUAAUCAUGGAGAUAAUGGGAUCCACACUCGCAAGACCCGGCGCUCUUUCCAAACCGUUCUACUCUCAAACCAUGGGCCCGGAAAUGCUCAAGCGUCUUGAGGAAACAUCCUGGGUGGGUUGCCCCGCCUACCUCCUCGAAGUAAUCUUCUUCGUCCACACCCUCUGGUACCAAGAUUCCGAGCUAGCACCCGCACCCCCUCAACCCUCCACCUUCGGAAUUGGACUCUCCAUGCAAGAAGGCCAGCCGCUCUCCCGUGAAUCCUUCGCCCAGCUCCUCCAAGGCAUCCGCACCUUCGACCCAGUCUCCUGGGCCCAAGAAAUGCAAACCUACUUCUACCUCGACGACAUCUCGCCCCGUAUCGCCCUCGCAAGCGCCUACCAAGCCGCCGUCUACCUGUACACGAGCCGCGUCCUCUCAAAGACAAGAGAAGGCUACACAGCCCCCUGGCCCGAAACUAAUCUCCCAUCCGACCACUCCCAAAUCGCACACGACCUCAUCACCCGCAUCUGCUCCGUCCCAACCUCUGAUCCCCACUUCAAAUGCCUCAUCUGGCCUUCCUUCAUCGCAGGCGCAGAAUGCCGCCGAUUGUCGCAGCGCUCGCUUGUGCUGGACAAACUUGGUGCUCUCUACCAGGCUGUUACGAGUGUUAAUGUCCGUAAUGCGGCUUGGGUGCUUAGGCUUAUGUGGCAAAAACAGGAUCUCAAGCGCCGGGAGCGGGAACAUGUUCCUUUUGGUCUUGUUGAUGGAUUUUUGCCGAAGGACGCUUUCCAGGAUAAUGAAGAUGAAACGUUUGACUCUUCGUUCGAUUGGGUGGAUGAGCUGGAUGCAUCUCGGCUUGACUGGUUGUUUAUUUAG